AUGCUCUUAGACACGCUUAUAGAUCAAUAUCAAAAAGCUUAUGGACCUAACACAGAAUUGUCUCUGGAUGAAUCGUUGCUACGUUUUCGAGGCAGGCUAGGAUUUAGGGUCUACAUCAAGAACAAGAAAGACCGCAACGGAAUAAAAUUUAAUAAGUUGAUGACAUCUGAUGGAUACUUGUUGAAUAUGGAAAUGUAUAGUGGGCACCGCAGUGACCACACUAAAGAUAACAGCAAAACAGAAAAAGAAAAUCAUGGCCAUUUUUCUUUAACAGAAAAGUUAGUUCUGCGGCUAAUGAAACCUUACCUACUGAAAGGCGCACGAAUUGUUUAUGGAAAAACUAUUGAGAAUAUUGAGACCAAAGACGCAUACUAA